CUUCUUUGUGAUGAAAUGACGACGCGCGCAGAUAGGCGGGAAUUGAGUUGCAUCGAUCAAGGGUCCACAUAGCGACGGAUAUUGACUGUAUGGACAGUAAACAGUCGAUAUCGAUCUAGGUGCCAUCGGCAUCGACAGCGACACUGACAAGCUUCCUUCCUUCACCUUGUAUAAAGGCAAACUAAGGGUACGAUACCUUCAGGUACGAUGCUCCAAAUUAUCCUCGUUUCAAAUUGAGCUCACCCAGAACCGCCCAUUCACAUCAUCUCCUCCCCUUUUAUUAGCGCGGGGCCCAUAACGAAGUACAGCAAAUUAGUGUUGUCCAUCAGCGCCCAUCAGCGCCCAUCAACCAACCCAUCCCCUUGUCCAACUCCCCCCCAGUCACCUCUCACCCUUCUCAUCCCACCCCACAAACAAUCCCUGGUGUUCCUGGCGUACCUAGCAGCAACUCUAGGCUCUCACAUUUCUCCACUGCCAAAACACCCAAACACACCCAAUCUCCCUCCCGCGCUCCCUAAUCUGUGCUCCCAAUCUGCCAAUCUUGGGUCACCGCCGCCAAAACACCAUACAACAACCACACUCUUUCUUCCUCUUCUUCUCUUCUCCCUCUUCUUUCCUCUCCUCACCUCUUUCCUCUUUUACCACCAUCUCUUGACUUGUUGGGUUACUCAACGUCCACUCCUUGUUCUACAACUUCCUUCUUCGGUCAAGAAGAUUCACUGUCCUUUUUCUAUAACACUCCUUUGCAUUACCCACGUCUCCGGACUUACUCAGAUCUCCACGAUCGAUCGCUAUUGCCCGACUGGAUCGAUUCCAGCAGCACCAUUCACUCGAAUUAUCGAUCCUUCCCUCGAGAAGAUAACAAUCACUUGUACUGCCAGUUCAGUCAAGCAGAAAAUCGCAAGUCGAUCGAAAUUCACUCAGUAGCUUAUCACCAGCAAACAACCACAAAUUGCUCUCAUAGCUACCAUUUACGACCUCAAAAACCAAAUAGCUUUAGCAAGCGCUGAUCUGGGAUCAAGCACGCACGUCAACACCUAACGCAUACCCACGAUACUUACCAAGAAUCAACAUGCGCUCUUCAGCUAUCGUCCUCGCGGGGUUGUCCGCCCUCGCCCUUGCCGCUCCCGUCCAGAAGCGCGCAUAUGUCACCGACGUCGUUAUCGACUACGUGACCGUCUUCGUUACUGAAGGCCUCUCUACUACCAAGACCAGCUCCAGCGUCGUCCCAACCACCACCUCGACCCCGCCUGUCGUGACCCCAACUAUUCCCGCACCGGUGCUCACCGAUGCCAUCUUCCUCGAGAGCACCACCCCGCAGCCAAUCCCAACCCCAACCCCGACUCCGGAGCCAAUCGUCGAGACCCCGACACCAACCCCCACCCCUGAGGCACCCGUCACAACCCAGGCUCCCCAGCAAGCCGUCGUAGUUGACACCACCCCCGCCGUGACCACCCCAGUCGUCCAGGAGACACCAGUCCAGGCCGCCCCCGUUGUGCAGACCACCGCCGCCGCUGCCCCCGUCGCAUCCCCCGCCGGCACCGACUACAAGAGCGCCGUCCUCUUCCACCACAACGUGCACCGCACCAACCACUCCGCCCCGGCCCUGACCUACAGCGACGAGCUCGCCGGCUACGCCGCCCAGCUCGCUAAGACCUGCGUCUUCAAGCACGACACGAGCAUCGGCGGCGGCGGCUACGGCCAGAACCUCGCGCAGUCCGGCAGCUCGGGCGACGAGAAGUCCCGCGACCCUGCCACUAUCUCCGGAGGUGCCAUCUCCAACCAGUGGUAUAACGGCGAGCUCCCGCUCUUCGACCCCUCCAUGUACGGCCAGAACGACCCGGACAUGUCCAACUUCCACAGCUGGGGCCACUUCAGCCAGGUCGUCUGGAAGGGCACCGGGACCGUCGGAUGCGCAACAGUGUUCUGCGAUACCGGCAGCCCGAUGUUCUCCGCGCCCUUCUCCGGAUGGUACACCGUCUGCAACUACGGCAGCCCUGGAAACGUCGGUGGCCAAUACGCAGCCAACGUCCUCAAGCCCCUCGGCAAAUCCGCGGUCGUCGGCUAAACGCCCCCUUUUGCGCACAUUCCUCUUCUUUCCCAAGAACGCAGUACGCACAGAGAGUCGUCGGAUAUCAACACAUUUUUACACCCCCUUUUCGCUCUUCGCUUCUUUCAGCAUGCUCCGCGAGCGUGCUACGCAACUUGAUUUUUUUCCUUCAGCGGGCGGCAGACGGUUGGGGGCUGAUCGGGUAUCAAUCCCACAUCCACUGACGCGCGUCGCGAGCAUUUAGAAAUCCUGCAUUGGUGUGGCUUGGUGGUUUUGAGGACGACGAUGCCCAGGGCGGCGCGUCUUACCUUUUUUUGUAUCUUCACUUCUGGACCAUUCUUUACGGCCAUUGACGGCCUGUACCUCAUGACAAAAACAACUCUGGUGCAGGACGGCCUGAGCGGCUGGCAUACAACGAACACACCUUUUUAUCAUUCAAAAAUCUACAUUUGUUUUCACUUCUUGUACAGUAACCAGUUUUUUUACUGCGUGUUUGUCCGACGAUGACUCUGGGUGUGGAUGCGAUUCUUGGGCUUCUGUUUCCUAUCUUUAUCGAGUCUUGGAGGGGAUUUUUUUCUGGGAUGAGAUGGAGAUGGGAUGGGUUAGGGAUGAGUGAAUGAAUAUGAAAAAAGUCUGCUACUUCAAUUGUGUGAUUUUUUUGGGGUGGUGGUUGUGAUUGAACACAUUUAUGACACUGGAGAAGCUGUAGGAUGGUGGUCUGAGGCUGGGCUGGGUAUACUACUGUAGCUAGCUUCUCGAUCCGGAAUUACAGAC